ACCACCACCACCACCACCGUCCACCCCUGGAGCCAUGGAGCCCACAGCGGCCAUCUCAGUCCUGGGGGAGGACUGCCUCCUUCCCCAGAGCCGCUCCUGUCUUGGCUGCUUUAUCGAGACGAAGGACGGCACCAUCCCCUCCGACUCCGAGCCCGGGGUCAGCCUCAAGAUGGCCGACGCCUGCCGGGGCGAGUACGACGCCUGCCCCAUUGCGGACAUCGGCAUGCAGUGCAUGAGCAGCGGUGAAGUGGCCGGCUACGGGGACCAGCUGCUCUCCGACCAGCUGCUGAGCUUCCCUCUGCCCAAGCCCAUGCCCGUAGACAAAAAGGCAGAUGACAGAACGACGGACAGUGACACGGAUGACCCAGCAACCAAAAACCUGUACGAUGGUCUGCUCCUCGACAAGUGCAACGGGGAGGAGGUGCUUCUGGCCAACACGACCCAGGACUGGGGCUACAUCGAGUCCUUCAUCAGCGAGAGCAAGAUCGAGCUGCUGGACCUAUGCUCUAAGAACGAUCUGUCCGUAAACCUCUUCUCCGAGGAGGACGUCGACAACUACAUGUUUGACGAUGACGACGACGACUCCACGCUGAGCAGCGACGUGUGUUCCCUGAAGAUCCGCUACGAGUCCUUCCAGGACAACAUGCGCGAGAAGACCAACGUGCUCCAGGAGGAGACCCAGUUCAACUUCUUCCCCAGCGUCCUCGUCAACUGCCCCAAAAAGGAGGACGGCCCUGGGCGGAGAGGGGCCAAGGAGCUCCCUCGAAGGCCUGGGGACGAAGAGGAGGAGGAGGAGGAGGAGGAAGACCUCUGCCUGUCGGAUGAGGGUGAGGGUAAAGCCGAGAGAUGCACCAGCCCAGGAGAGGGCUGCUCUCCAGACUACAGCCCCAAGAUGGAUUACUUUGUGGACUCCAGCGACUCGGCGGAGGAUUCGGGGGAUUACAGCGAUGACAGUUCCUACACCGGCUCCUCGGUGGAAGCGUUCCCGGACGGAAAGCCCAAGCGACAGCUGGGAAGGAAGGGCGGCGGGGCGUCCAACCACCCGAAUUACGGGCUGAGGGCCAAGAGAAAAGUGAGAUACAGCGACGACUACCUGUACGACGUGGACUCCAUCGAGAGCGAGAGGAGCGCUGCCGAGAAGCGCGACAAGCAGGCUCCGGGCCAAAAGGAGGAACGAGAUGACGACUGGUGCCCCAAGAAGCGACGGAAGUCGUCCCGCAAAGAGCCACCCGUCAUAAUCAAGUACAUCAUUAUCAACAGGUUUAAGGGAGAGAAGCACAUGUCUGUUAAGCUGUUCAAAAUUGAUCCAACAGUCACGACUGUGAGCUUAGACACAGAGGCAAUGAGCAAAUAUGAAAAGCUGGCUCCUCUGAAGCAUUUCUGGCAGGAGCAACAGCGGGAGCGAGAGGAGCAGCUUAAGCUGGCUCUGCGAGAUAAACCCAAUUUCCAUCCAAACGGUCGCCACCGACCCUUUAGUUCCAGUCCCCCGAAGAGGAAAUACAAGUUUGCAAACAGAUUUAGGAUUCAGAGGAUUCAAACUGUGGAGCAAUCUCCCACGAGGCAGGGUUCCUCAGCCUCUGUGAGCGAAGAGGGCAGCGGCGUGAAAGACGGUGCCGUGCCGGUAGGAAUCCCAUUACCGCUUUCGGCACCGGGCGGCACGGGCUCAUUAGACACCGGCGACAUCACGUACACCACCACGCCGAAGAGCAGAUCUCAGCAGCAGCGGGAAGAGAAGAGGAUUGGCAACAAAAUUGUGCGCAUCCGCAAAUUCAAAAGCGAGGCCAGGCUGCAGAGCAGGAAACUGCAGCGGGCGGGGGUAGGGGAGGAGGGGAGCGGGAUGAGCUCGGCUCCUCUUCCUCCUCCUCCUCCUCCUCCACCGACACAGCAGCGGCACGCCGCAGACUCCUCCACAGGCGUUGAGGAAGCAGAGUCGACCUCUGCACAGGCCCCACACAGACUAGUGGAGGGCCAGGUCAUGGAUGCAGGUGACACGUUCACUUUCACGCCCUCCGACCUCUGCACCCCCACAGCCAAUGACAAACCCACUCCCCCCGCCACCGAGGCAGUGGGCGAUGGCGAUGUGCCCGUCAUCCCCGGAGGUUACCUCCAGACGCUCCUCGAUGGCUCCGAUUCCUCCAGCAGCGCCAGCAUCGCCUACUUCCCCCAGCAGACGUCCCAGCAGUACCCGGUGCUGGGCCUGUCGGUGGAGGAGAAGCAGUUCUCCUCUCUGCAGCUGGCCCAGAGCUGUGUUCUUUCACCGCCCUCCGAGUCGGAGCUCCAGCAGUCGCCCCAGAACUGCCCCAGCUUCACCCAGAUGUGGCCGUCCCAGCUGUGCCACAAUCAGCAGUUCGUGCCGGACAUCCCCGAGACCCCCAUCCUACCCGACGGCUUCCCCAAGACCCUGCCGGUGCCCGUGUCCGCGGAAGACAUGACCGCCGUGACCGGCUACAGCCAGGUGAGCCUGGAAGGCGACCGAGUGCUGUACGAGAAGAACUACCUGCCCGAGCAGCCGAUGGCGCCCGCGGACGGUGACUUCCAGGCGUGCCAAGUGCCCUGUGUGGACGGGCAGCUGCAGUUCCAGCGGGGGACGCUCAACACUGACCACGGGCGGCUCACCAGCUUCGACUCCAUGGGCUCUCUGUCCGGGGCCUCCAGCAACUACAGCUCCAUGAGCAUGAAGUCGUGCGAGAAGGAGGGGACCGGCGGUGGGGCCAGCGAGGAGGACGCGUCGGGCGAGACCUUCCUGGCCCACUGCAGCCCCAAGGUGGUCAUCCAGCAGAGCGUGGAGGCCAUCACGCCCUUGCGGGAGUCCACCGACCUACUGGACAUCUCUAACUUCACCCCGGAUAAGUUCCGCCACACGUCCCUGUCUGAGCUCUCCCCGCCCGAAACGCCCAACCUGUCCCCGCAAGUGAAGGGCAGAGAGAUGAAGAUCGCCGGUGGCAAAGCCCUCGAGUACCAGGAUGUUGGCGACGACAUGUCGUGGAACUGUAACAUGAUGGAGCAGUCGGACCACGUGGCAGCUGCCGCCUACACAGGCGACAACCAUCAGUUUCAGAUGCACAUUUUUAACACCAACGGAGCUACCGGUGGCAUCGUGCCGGACGACAAAGACACGGGCGUGGUGGACUUCGAGGCACAAGCUGGUGAGGUGGUGGGCUGUGGGGCAGUGAAGGGCACAAAGUCGAAGAAGAGAAAUGGGGGCAAGCAAGCAGCAGGAGAAGGGGUGAAGAAAGUCCGGGCCCCGAAAGCGGCCAAGGCGGAAAAGGCCAAAGUGCCGCGUCAGAACUCACGGUCGUCCAAAAAGCUCAAAGCCCACCUGGAGGAGAAGGCCGGGAAAGGGAAAGUGGGCACGUCAAAUCAGGCGGCCGGGGACUGGCCCGGUGUGAGCUGGCCAGACGGAAACAGUCACACCAACGUCGACGACCAGCGUGAGUUUGAGGAGCCGUCCAACAUCCUGUCCAACAUUGUGUCCGGCAUGGCAGAGGUCCAGCGGUUCAUGAUGGCCUCCAUCGAGCCGCUGUGGGGGCCCACAUCCAGCGUGUGCGCCGCCCCAGACGCCAACACCCUCAAGCUGAAGACCCUCAAGAUCCUGGCCGGCACGACCCCUGACCCUAAGAAGAAGGGAGCGACGGGGGCCGGGGGCAAGGGCCGAAAGGCCGGGGGCAAGGGGGCCAAAAACCAGGCCAAAUUUAACCCUUUCUUCCCUCAGCUCGCUCUGGGCUGCAACAUGUUCGAUAAACCCAACCUCUGCAUACCUGGUAUCAACGGACCAGCGCACAAAAAGAUGUACCGUCACAAAACCAGUGCAAAGUUCCCCCGCAUCGAGAACAUUAAGGGGAAGCGAGCCGAUCGAGAACCCAGUAAGGACAUAGCACUGAUGGCCUCCUUUGAAAAGCUGAGAAAAUGGAUGCCCCCUUCUUGCCGUCUCCCUCAUACUGCCUGGCAUAAAGCACGGUGGGAAUGUUCCACUUCCUGUGCUGAGGCCGACGUCUGCUUCUGUGUGACCAAGGCGUCAUAAAAAAAAUGCAUUAUGGGACCAUAUACCAUAUUGAUGACAUAUCAGAUAAACAUUUUGUCCUAAUCUUUAAACUGUUGGAAUGAUUAAUUUCUUUGUGUUCGGUAUUAUGACCUUAUAUGCUUUUACCUGUUUUUUGUUUUCUUUUGAAGAACUGGUGUCUUAAAAGUAUAUUCAGUCAUUUGAUUAUUUUAAGUCUUAAUUCUUUGUUCUCAGUGUCAAUGUACAGAAAUGCACUAUUUGCAUAUAAGGAGAAAAUACUGACUUCUAAAAGUUAAUGUGCCAAAUGUAAAGUUGCUGUGUACACAUUUCUAAUGACCAAUAUGAACAUAGGCUUUUCAUAUCUCUACUUUGUGUCACAAUGAAGAAGAAAAAAAAACACUUUUAUUGUCUUAGCUUUUGGAGAGCUGACAUUCCAGAGUUUUGUCCUUUUUUUGUUUUCUUUUGAUUUGGAGUAUUUGGACCCCGACUGUAGAAACGCACCUGCAGCUGACAGUGGUACACACCACGCAACCAAAACCACAAAGCCCUCUGGACAUUUGUCACCGCUCCGUUUGCCAAAUUUAGUUUUACCUCAGAAUUGCAGUGGCUUUGUGAAAAGGAAAUGAGAAUCUGAAAAAAGACUCAACUGAAACAAGAGGCUUCAAGAAAAUAACAAGGAUCUUAUACAUGUUGUUUUGCCAAGGCAGAGAAGGCACAUUAUCUGAAUGAAUAGUGAAGCCAUGGCACCACUGACAAUGAGCUAUAGCUUCUUGGUGGAGAUCCCCAAACAUCUGUCACUCGAAUGGAUUCAUCCACUGCACAGUCAGUGUGGAUAUACUGAUAUGGAAACAAGGUACAAUUGCGCCUCUGGCUUCUGCUCAUACCUCACCAGGUAAUAUCUGUUACUAAUGGUCUCUGCAGUAAUUUGUAUCACACCUGUCAUACCUGGCUUCACAAAGGACCCAGAGACCUAACCCAUUUUCUUGUACUCAUUCAUUCCUUUAUCACCACAUCAUUGGUAUUUAUGUCUAAUCCAACGUAACUGAAUGAAAGACAAUACUUACUCUAGCCUGUAUCAUCAGAGGAUUCUGCACUAGGUUGCCUUUAAUCUAGAUUAUCUUUUAAGAUUUUUUUUUAUGUGCUGUUAACAGGGUGAGCCUUUGAAGCUCUGCAUGAAAAUUAGACUCACUAGAUGCCAUGAUGACAGACGGAGUGUAACUGUGUUGAAAACAUUGACAUUUUUUUGUAUUCAGAUUCAGUUAAACUAUGUCGAUUGCUUUUUCAACAAUGUGCACCCAUGAACUGUGCCAAACAGCAAGAUAUUUGAAUGCAUUUACAACCUAUAAUCAUUUUGAUAAUUGAUCAAACACUGUUCUCUCAGAAACUGCAAUCGAGUUUUUAAAUUUUGCUUGCUCAUUAAUGCAUGUUUUUGAAGUUGUUCAGUUUCCUCAGCAGAUUGAAUGGGAAAAAAGCAAAAAAGAUGCAUGAAAUUCAAAAUGGCUUUGGGUUUUUUCGCUGUUUUUGGGGUGUGUUUUGCUGUAAAUUGUAUUCCUUCUUGUUUUUGCCUAUCGCUCUCACUUACAGUAACAGCAUGCUAACUCUCAGGCCUUUGUUCCAUUCAUGUACACAAUUCUCCCUCUCUCUCUCUCUCUCUCUCUCUCUCUCUCUCUCUCGUGCUCUCUCUCCAUUGACUGGCAGCAUCUUCUAAUACCAGCUACAUCUCUCUCUCUCUCUCUUGCUCUCUCCCUCUCUCUCUGACACACACACACAACACAUUGGUUUUGUUUCACCUUUGUCUCAUUUCACGGAUGGCCUUGGGUGUUGGCCAAAGAGAGCCAGAUAAAAAAUCAAAGAGGCAGAGGUAGGCUAGAAUGGACAUUUCCAGAACAGUCCGUGCCCAGCCGGCCUUGUGUACUGUGGCUUGGCUUGUGAGCAGUAGAUCUAUCUCUGCCCCACCUCUCUGAGCUCUCUCUAUAUCAGGCCAUGUCUAGAAUCAGGAGAGGCCAUGGACAAAAAGGAACCCGCACACUGGACCUGGUGGUCCAACUGUCUGCCUUCUCUCAUCUCUGCCUAUAUGGUCGACUGAAUGUACUUCUACAUGUUUUUUGUACAAUGUGCCACUGUUAAGCUGCCUCUUCUAAAUGGUGCUAAGAAAGCAAACUGAAAACUCUCCCCUCACCUCUCACAGAGAUAACAAAAUAGGAAUUGCAGAAGAGAGAAAAAAAUACCACCCUCCUCAUGAAUGUAUAUGAUAUUGUUAUGUUUGAUGUAUUCAUGCCAUGAUUAUUUGACAUUGAUUGGGAUUACUUUAUGCAUUUUUUUGUUGAAAAGAAUAUUGAGCUUUAUAAAUAUUGUCUAGAGUUGUUAACAGAGGGAUUCUUAAAGAGCUCUUGACAUUACAAAAUAUUGUAUAUUUUUCUGUGUGCCAAUUUGUAACAUAUUUUGUAAGUGUCUAUUUUUCUUAGAAAGUGCUGUGAAGUAUUUGUGUGUGUAUGUGUGUGUGUGUGCGCGUGUGAAUGUGUGUUUGUGUGUUUGUAUGUGUGUGUAUGUAUGUGGGAGUGUGUGAAAGUAACCUUUUUUGGGCCUUGGCAGGCUGUAAAAAGGAUGUACAAUGACAAGUUCCUGGUUUUAAAAACCAAAAUAUAAAAGUGAAUUACGGCAUACAAAAAAACUACAUUUUGUCGGGAGUUUUGUAAUAAGACUUUGAUCUUGUCGUGAGAGUGUGUGUUGUGUUACUGUGACAAACAGAAAUAAGCAAGCAAACAAAACAUGGAGAAAAAAUGACUUAAAUUUGUGAUCUAUUGCUGUUUUAUAGAUUUUCAUGUAAAUUAUUCUAGUAUUAUUUUGUUUUUGUUGUAACUGUUGCAAAAGUUUUAAAUAUUUGUGAUCAAGCCUGUAUGGUGAUAAUGUACUAUUGGUAACUUGCUGAGUUUUGUAAUAAUGUUUAUGGA